AUGAGUGAAGACCUUAGACCAGACAUCGAUCCUCCUCCAGGAACCUCCAGAUCCAACCAGGCAAAUGUUAUUGAAAGCUUGAAACGCUCUAAGCGAACACGCAACCGCACCACUGCAGUCCAGAACAUCGAAACUGAAGGGGCUUCAUCUAGUCAGAAAGUUGAGUCCUUCGGUAUUCUUAGAGGCCCCCAGGACAUGCUGCAUCUUCAUCCUUCCAACGACAAUAAGCAUCCUACCACAUCUGAGAUUCCCAGUGACUCCAUGAACCAAGGGUUGUCUGAUGAACCUGCUUCACAGGUUCAGGCCGCUCCUUCUGACAAGGACAAAGGACCUGAUCCCCAAUUAGUUGAUGCUGAACUUCAGGGUGCCUAUGAUGGUACACAAAACAUAUUACUCGGAAAACGUGAUUCUAUGGCAUCCGCCGCCGACAAUGCCCCAGCGGGUUUUGCCACUGCGGAUGAUUUUGAGACGACGUAUCUUCAGCCGCUAAAGAUUAUUGACGGUGUCCUUGAGAAGAUUGCGGAUGUAUGGGCUAUUAUUAUACAUCCGUAUGCAAAGAUGGCGCUGGGUGUGCUGUCCGCUGCAUCUAAAAUUAUAGUCGCUCAAGCAGAGCGCAACAAAUCGAUCUAUAGUCUUCUCAAGCAACUAGCUGAAAUUUACCGCUUCAUGACUCAAGAUGACAAUCUUAUAUCGUUGGAAAUAUCGUUCAGCAGACUCUUUGAGUGCGCACAUUUCAUCAGGGACUACUCGGAGACAGAACUUUUACUCGGGAAAAACGUUUUUUCGGAAACUGAUGACAUCAUCAAACGGUACAGCGACACUUUGGACGACCUUGUACGACAAUUCCGGGACCAAGUUGAUCGGGACAUGGCCGUCUUCGUCCAACAUACGGGUAAGGAUUCUGACAUACUUCUGUCUUUACAUUCACUUACACUCUUUCAGGCGAUACCCUGGAUCUCGGGUAUCGCUUAUGCAAAGGGCGCAGGACUAAAUACCAUGAAACAAUGCCUACCAGGGACGCGCAAAGAGGUUCCUUCCCAGAUUACGGACUGGAUCAACGGCAGUGGAGAUGCUGCUCAACGUGUGCUGUGGCUAUCUGGCCCUGCAGGCACAGGUAAACCAGUCAUCGCUCAAACGAUUGCCAAGGCGUUCAAUGACAUGGGAGUGCUCGGUUCAUGUUUGCGCUUCGACAAGGCCGAGAAACGCCAUGAAAUUUUUUUCUCUAGCAUCGUUCGUGAUCUAGCUGACCGUGAUCCGGAGAUGAGACGAGCAUUGGCGAGUGCGGUCAAAAAUUCCACUUCACUCAAGAACUCAAAGGAUAUUUUCCAGCAUGUGGGACCUGUCUUGAUCGUGAUCGAAGCGCUGGACGAGAGUGGCGGAGUGGAGACGCGGCGGGACCUUCUCCGCAUACUUGCGGGUAAACUUCAGAACAAGGAUCUUUCCCAAAUCACAAGACUCCCAUCUACCUUUCGUAUCCUCGUUACCUCUCACCCACUUCAUGAUAUCGAAGAUGCAUUUCACGGCACUCGGCAUAUCCUAUGGUCAUCCAUGGACAAGAUUCCAGCCAGUGGCGGAGCACAACAUCCACACGUUCGUAUCUGA